AGCGGCGGCGGUUGGACGCGCGCAGGGCUGGCGGGCGGUUGGUGUGAGCCGUAUCUCUGCAGAGGCAGCGAGACCCGGCGCCAUGGUGGAGAAGGAGGAGGCCGGCGGGCUGCGGGCCUCCCGCGUGCUUCUUGUUGGCAUGAAAGGACUUGGGGCUGAAAUUGCCAAGAAUCUCAUCCUGGCAGGAGUGAAAGGACUGACCAUGUUGGAUCAUAAACAGGUAUCUCCAGAAGAUCCUGGAGCUCAGUUCCUGAUUCGUACUGGGUCCAUUGGCCGAAAUAGGGCUGAAGCCUCUUUGGAGCGAGCCCAGAAUCUCAACCCCAUGGUGGAUGUGAAGGUGGACACUGAAGAUAUAGAGAAGAAAUCUGAAUCGUUUUUCACUCAGUUUGAUGCUGUAUGUCUGACUUGCUGCUCCAGGGAUGUCAUAAUUAAAGUUGACCAGAUCUGUCACAAAAACAGCAUCAAGUUCUUUACAGGAGAUGUUUUUGGCUACCAUGGAUACACAUUUUCCAAUCUUGGAGAGCAUGAGUUUGUAGAGGAGAAAACCAAAGUUGCCAAAGUUAGCCAAGGAGUAGAAGAUGGACCUGAUACCAAGAGAGCCAAACUUGAUUCAUCAGAGACAACUAUGGUCAAAAAGAAGGUGGUCUUCUGUCCUAUUAAAGAAGCACUGGAAGUGGACUGGAGCAGUGAUAAAGCGAAGGCCGCUCUGAAGCGAACGACUUCUGACUACUUUCUUCUUCAAGUGCUCCUGAAAUUCCGCACAGAUAAAGGAAGAGAUCCCAGUUCUGAUACCUUUGGGGAAGAUUCCGAAUUAUUGCUCCAAAUACGAAAUGAUGUACUUGACUCGCUAGGGGUUAAUCCUGACCUGCUUCCUGAGGACUUUGUCAGGUACUGCUUCUCCGAAAUGGCCCCAGUAUGUGCAGUUGUUGGAGGGAUCUUGGCACAGGAAAUUGUGAAGGCUCUGUCCCAGAGGGACCCUCCUCACAACAACUUCUUCUUCUUUGAUGGCAUGAAGGGGAACGGGAUUGUGGAGUGCCUUGGCCCCAAGUGAAGCUGAACUGGGCCGCCCCAGAGAUGUUGACCCACAGAGUGCCUGUGCCCACCCCAGCCAUCCUUCCACAAAGGCGUCUCCCCACGCGAUGUUCCGAGCGAGCAAGGAGGAGGCGGGGAUGUGCUGCUUUCCAUUCCAGCACUGCUCAGGACUGUUGGCCACCCCAGGCCUGCCCGCUUGCCUGAGUGCCGAUCAUUUCGAAACACCCCUUAACACCUCUGUCCUGGUGCCAUCACGGCAUCACCAGCCCUCUGGGGGAUUGUUGGAAAUGCCUGCCAGCAACCAGUGCACCGUGUUGCCUAGGAGCCCCUUCUUGGACUUAUUCCCCGCCUGAUGUCAUACAGAGCAGGGCAUGACUCCAGGUGGGGAAUCAGGCCUAGGCCCAGUGAAACGCCAGUGGGACUGCAGUCCCACAUUCAGACAGGUGCCCAAGAGAGGAAAAAUCAUGACAGGCGGCAUGUAUCCCUUCUAAAGUUUGAGAUCCUGAAAACAACAGGUGGCAUCUGGUGUGCUGUUCUUGAGUUUUAGUUUAGGAUUAGUCGAGUUCCAGCCUGGAUUUGGAAAGGGGAAAUGUUACCAAGGCCUCUUGGAUGUUAGGGCGAGACCUUGAAGGUUGAAUGUCAGUGAGAGCUUAUUUUCAAAAAGCGGGUGCCCUGGUCCCACUCCAGGGGCUUCUUGGCCAGGACAGAAGAGCCAGCCCUUGUAACAGAACCCAGUCUGUGUUGACCCUGCUGGAGGCUGUGUCGUCCCUUCAGUUACUCCCUGUUGCAGUUUUUUGUAUUUUACAUAUUUUCUAAUUCUUCCUUGGUUCUUUAAAAAGGAAUAAUAGAAAUAAAGGUUUUUGCUUUAGCA